AUGACCUAUCCUUGGAACGCUUUCGUCCUCUUAACGGAAAAACAGUACUUUCCUGUCCGUCUCUCCUCGUAUUCACAUCACAUGGCUGAACUGGAUCAGAAUUUUGAACUUGAACAUCCUCGUGAACUCGAAUGCCUACCUCAACAUGAUCUUUUGCAUGAACAUAAAAGCGAACAUGAGCUUGAACAAGUACAUGAACCUGAGUAUGAACCAGUCCAUGAGAAUGAGCUUGUACAAGUACACGAACAUGACCUGGAACAGGAAAAUGAACAUGACCUCGAACAUGCACGUGAACAUGACGUCGAACACGCACAUGAACAUGACCAACAUAAUGAAAAAGAAGAUGCAACACCAGAGAUCUCACAUCCUGAUCAUAAGCAGAACAUUACAGAUGCACAGACACCAGUUGCAGGAGGUGGGGAAAAAUGGCCUGGAUGGCCUGGGGAGAGCGUUUUCAGGAUGUUGGUGCCUUCCCAGAAGGUGGGAAGUAUAAUUGGACGUAAAGGGGAGUAUAUAAAGAAAACAUGUGAAGAGACAAAAGCACGUAUUAAGAUUCUUGAUGGUCCUGCUGGAAUGAGAGAAAGAGCUGUUAUGAUAUCUGCUAAAGAAGAUCCUGAUUCACUGCUUCCUCCUGCCAUGGAUGGUCUUCUUAGGGUUCAUAAGCGUGUUUUGGAAGGACUGGAAAAUGAAUCUUCUAAUCCUUCAUCAGGUUCAGGAGUAAAGGCCUCAACUAGGCUUCUCGUACCAGCGGCCCAAGCUGGUAACUUGAUCGGGAAACAAGGCACAACAGUCAAAUCUGUUCAAGAAGAGUCUAACUGCAUUGUUAGGGUUCUUGGAUCAGAAGAGCUACCGAUUUUUGCUCUUAAAGAUGAUAGAGUAGUAGAAGUAGUAGGGGAGCCGUCAUGCGUACUUAAGGCUGUUGAACUAAUUGCAUCUAAUUUGAGAAAGUUUUUGGUUGAUCGGAGCAUCAUAUCAGUAAUUGAAAUGCAAAUGCAGAAGCCACCCAAUUCACAGCAGAUGGACCACAUGCCGCCUCCCCCCCAGCACUGGGGCCCACCUCAAUCUUUCCCACAACACGGUCCAGGAUAUGAGCCGAGCCCUCAUUUCAUGCCUCCUCCUAGGCAGUUUGACAACUAUUAUCCCCCGGCUGAUAUGCAGCCUCCACCUGAAAAGCAACCUCACCAGGGGAUAUCUGCUUAUGGAAGAGAGGCUCAAAUGCCGGUUCAUUCAUCGUCUGCUCAGGCAGCUUCUUCAGUGAUCACUCAGGUCACGCAGCAAAUGCAAAUCCCACUCUCUUAUGCUGAUGCUGUCAUUGGUGCACAAGGUUCAAGUAUAAGUUAUAUUCGGCGGGUAAGUGGUGCUGCAGUUGCUGUACAAGAAACUAAAGGAGUACCUGGGGAGAUGACGGUUGAGAUAAGUGGAACUGCUUCUCAAGUACAAACUGCUCAGCAGCUAAUUCAGAAUUUCAUGGCUGAAGCGGCGGGCCAACCUCAGACACAACAUACUCAAUCAACAACCGAUUACAAUUCUUACGGAGUUCAUGGCUCGGUUUACACAUCUCCCCCUACUAAUCAUACUCACCCACCCCAAGCAGGUGGUUAUGGCCCAGCUUAUGGAACCAAUUAUGGCUACUAA